CAGUAAUGAUGGCGCACUUGCGAAAGGUGUUUAGUUUACUGUAACAUUUAUUUUUAUGUAGUGUCGUGAAGUGAAAACCAAGUGUUUUUAAUGCCGUACCGCAGGCGCUUCUCAGCCAAGAUGCCAGAUUUCGACGACGAGGUCACUGUCGUCGAUGUGUACGACCUGGCAUCGGAUAUUGGCAAGGAAUGCGAGAUAAUUAUUGAAAAAUACGGCCCUGACGCCGUUACAGCGCUCCUGCCGAAGGUGAUUAAUGCGCUAGAGUUGCUGGAGAACUUGGCGGUGAGGAACGAGAAGGAGAACCAGGCGCUGCAGGAGUUGACGGCGAAGAUUUCACAGUUGGAGAAUGACAAGAUAGAGAAGGCAGAAUAUAGGCAGCGUUUCGAGAAGGAAAUAGAAGCAAUCGAAGAACAAUGGCGGACAGAGUCAGCGGAGCUGGUGACUGCCGUGGCAAGACUACAAGACGAGAACAAACGUCUACGGAGAACUAUCAAUGCGCCUGCAGACGGCUCAAGUGCGCCCCCGUCACCAGCCCGCGAGCACGACCAAGAAGUUCUGUCCCGGCUCAGCAGCACAGCUGAGAAGCAACGGGCGACGUUACGUCACCAAGAGUUGCAGCUUCAAGAGAAACAACAGCUGAUUGACAGCUUGUCGAAUCAAGUGGAGAAGUUGGCACAGGUCAGCAGGGACCUCCGGCGGAAACAUAAGCAGAUACAAAAUCAGAUGCGCUUAGUAUGCGAGGAGCGUUCGGAGCUGACCGCCAUAGUACAGUCACAGCAGAGGGACAUCGCCGCGCUUCAGCAAGAUAGUGCACAGAACAAAAAGUGCCCGACAUGCGGCGUGGCGACCCCUGAGGGCGCUGACGACGAUGACCAGUCCUCCAAGCCCACGUUCAGCGUGAGGGAGCUGCGAGCCAUCCUGCACGAGCGCAACGAGCUCAAGCUCAAGCUCAGCCGCGCCGAGGAGCAGCUGCACGCGCUGCAGGCUGACCAGCACCACGACAGUGGAUCCGACACAUCUCCGUCUGUAAGCACGGGGGCGGGCGAGGAGGAGGAGGCGCCCGUGCAGGGCCCGCUGCCCGCCGAGCCUGACGAUGCACCGUGGAAGCGCAACAGUGGCAUCAGGAAGUUUUUUCGCAAGCUCUUUGUUGAGUCUGAUCUCACCGUGGGCGCCUUCCAGCGUCGCCACCCGCGCCCCGCCCCCGCCGCCCCCGCCCCGCCCUCCUCCGCACCCGCGUAGGCACUCCCACCCGCACGCCCCGCCCACCUCGCGCCCGCCCCCCAGCCGCCGCCGCUACUCCGACCAUCCACCAUCAUCCGAACUGGACCUUCGACAAGAACUGCUAGACCUCAACCUUGGGACACAAGAGUUCGACUCCUGGCUCGGCAACAAGUUCGAAGAAAACGACGAGUUCGAAACUGGACCUUACGACCCAAGGUUUAUGCACGACAUUCCUUUACAACGCUCCAUUUCUCUAGACAGGGGCAUCGACAUCUUCAAUCAUUUGCAGGCCAUAGGCUCUGAGACCAGCGUUAGUUCCCUAUGGACGGUAGACUCAGAUGGGAGGGAUAGUUUGACUGAUAGAUACAGGAGUUUCGAAGAUAUCCCCACUUCUCCGUACAGAGCGAGAAGCAGGAGUGCAUCUUUUGGCGUGGAGACGUUCUCAGAACGGGACUUAGCGUUGGCGGUACUUAACGAGAGUUACAAGGGUCUGGAUGCCCCGAGCGGCAGCGUGUCUCCUCAGAUACGUAAACUACAACGAUGUUUCACAUUCGCUGGGAGCUUUGACAGUAUUAAAGAUAGGGGUCCCGUAGAGCAUGUCAAUGAGGAACAGGUCAAACCAAAACUUAGGCUGAUGAUCCCAAACAGGAGGAAUAGCACCAGCUGUCCAGUGUCACCAGAAAUUAGUAGACUGAGGAGUUUCUUCCCGAGCACAGCAGCUGGUGACACAAACAUGUCUGAUGAUGAGGACCAAGUCUUUGAAGUACAGGAGCCGGUGUACAGGAGCAUGUCUAUAGAGUGGAGCCAGGAGGAAGCUAAAUUAAAGCAAAGGAGGUCUGGUCUCCAAGCCGUCACGACUGACUUGAGAAAGAAAGUUCUAGUAAAGCAAGGGUUCAAGAGCUGCGAAAACCUCGAAAGGAAUCAAGGAUCGCAACUCGCUAAAACUUCCAAAUAUUUAAAUCCAAACUCGAAUUUUGCAAAAUUGAGCAGAACUGCAUCAUUUUCGGGCAACACUGACUCUGUGACAUUUGACACAUUGCCCACUAUAAUCAUAUCCCCCGCUGACUCCGGCGGUGUUGCCAAUAUAUCAAAUACUUCCAAUUACGUAGAAAUAAGUAGGAAUUGUGAUUGUCGAAUAUGUAGGGAGAGCGAGGGGAAAUAUAUAUUACGGAGCGCGCUUAGCAAGUUGUUCGUUAAAAUUGUUUCUUGUAAAAGUAGAAAGUUGUAUUGGGACGAGAAUAAUAAUUUGAAUGAUAGUGAGAUGUACAAGUGUGUAAUGCAUGUAUUGAAACUAAUGUUAGGACUGUGGUUGAGACAUCUCGACCAUAAUUGAAAGGGUAAUAACAUUCAAUUUAUCAAAAAAAAAAACCUGAGAAAUAAACAAAUGACUCACAAAUGUUGAAAAAAUAUGGUAGAAGUUGACACAAGUUUCUACCAUUUAAUUCCAGUGUUGCCUGUUACAAAGUGAAAAAUAUUACUUUUUUUAUAAAACUUGGAUGUUAAUACCCUAUGUAAAGUAUAGUUAUUACGUUAUAGAGUUGUUCAAUGCUAUUAUACUUUUAGCAGCUUUUAUAAUUUAACUUUCAAUGCAAAGCUAGGUUCAAUUCCUUCAUGUAUUUCUGUACUAAGCAAUUUAUUAUUUUCUUAAAGAAUGGCAAUGUAUGACUCUGUGAUUUUUAUUUAUUUUUCGAAUUGAAUGUUCUAUGCUAGGUUUCGCAUUUGACUUUUAUUGAAAGGGCGACUCAGUAAAAAUUUUAAGCAUUCCAAUAUUGAAAAAUUAACCUUAAGGACAUCAAAAUAAGGUUGACAUUAAAACUGUCGAGUCGUCUUUUCAGUAAGACUGAACUAUGUCAAGCUAUCUAAAGAAAUUCUCGCUGUGCAGCUAUUAGAAAUAUGUGUCUAUGGUCAUGUUAUAUGAUAUUUGGCUAAGUUUUUAUAUAAAGGCUGUGUGAGACUUCCUGUGCCCACGAACUGUCAAACUGUUUUUGGUGCAGUUGACAGUAGCUGUCAGUCAGUACAAAUGACGGUAUUUGCUCUUGAAAACUGACAGCUGUCAACUGCACAAAAUAUUCGGUUCCUCUAUGUGUAAAGUGCAGCUUUGCAAUCGUACCUGCAAGAAAAAAAUGUUUAAUAAUACUCAAAAUUUUAAUUCGUGAAGUGUUGAGGGCACAAGGAAUUUAAAUGUUACAGGCACCACAUAACUUUGCUAUUCUGAAAUUAGCUAUUUGAUUGAUUGGUCUAUAUCAAUAUUAUAUGGUCUAUAUUAAAGGCGAAGGCAAACCUGGACUAUAAAGUCUGAAAUCAGCAACCCCCAUUGAGCAAGCGUGGUGAUUAAUGCUCAAUCCUUCUACGUGUGAGAGUAGGCCGAAGCCCAGCAGUGGUUUUGUAAUUUAUUUUUACUUUUGUGAAGUCAAUAGUAACCAGUUUCACUACAAAGUCAAGGAGUCAAAUGCCUAAAUUCAGACUAGCACAGUUAUUUGGUGUGACAAAAAAAAAAGAUGUCUGACUAAUGCAAAAAUAUUUAACCUUUUACGUAGAAAGAUAGAUAUUAUAAGUAAGGUCGUAUUAUUGGUAUGUGUUAGCGCCUUAUCUAUACUAAUGUUAUAAAGCUGAAGAGUAGGUUUGUUUGAACGCGCUAACCUCGGGAACUACUGGUCCGAUUUGAGAAAAUCUUUCAGUGUUAGAUAGCCCAUUUAUCGAAGAAUAUAAAGCUACAGGCUUUUUAUUCGGUUUCGUGCAGUGGUUCCCACGGGAUGCGGGUGAAACCGCGAAUACUGUAUUCUUGUCAAUUUCUAACUGUGUGAGUGAGUUGACAUUUCGGGACAGAAAAAAUGGGACACCUUUUAUAUACAUAUUGUUUUCGUUGCAUGCGGCUUGAAUUGAGCAAAAAUUUGGAUUACUGACUUUUAAGUGCACAUGUGGGGAAAACAAUAGUUGCUUUUAUUAAUUGUCCCGUAUUGUAAUCUUGUGUAGUAAGACUGUUUAACGAAAUUUUAACUGUGGAAUUAUUAAAUGGGUAAGAUGUACCCUAUACCGGAAUAACUUUAGGCUCUUUAAUAAUAAUUCUACAAAUAAAGUUUGGUUAAACAGUCCUCAAAGACACGAAAAGUUGCUCUUUAGUGACAAAAUUGUGUAGUCAAAUGUAUGUGAAGAAGUACAUUAAAUACUUUAUACAUUGUAUGUGAUAUCGCAGCGAAUGUAGAUAUGUUCUUCCAUUUUAACUACUAAACUGUACUUCUGUCGUAGACGAAAAUACAUUUUUAUAUAAACAUGAUAUUAAUUAUAAUUCACACGCAAGAAAAGGCACAUAAAUAUAAAAUCUUGAGUGGUGAGCAAAAGAAUGAAUGAGUGAGUGAAUGGAUUCGUUAACAUUUUUGACAUUAAUUGAAUAUUUUGAGCGUCUAUGACAGAAGUACAGUUUGUAAAUUUUCUCGACUUGUAAAUUGUACCAUUUUUAAAUGAUACUUCUCUGCAUCUUUUCUUGUGAGAGUGAGUGCCAUGAAUGUUGGUUAAAAAGGCCAAACAUAACAUAUCCUUCUUUGGUCACGGUGUAGGCUACGGACAUUUUGUAUUCGCUUAAUCAUACACUCUCGGCCAAUUAUAGAUACACACUUCAUCCUGCACUAUCGGCCAGAAAAAAUGGGUCAUUAAAGUAAUGUUGAAUUAAUGCGAUUUCUAUGUUGACCAUCAGUAUUUUUUCACUUAUGGCCUAAUAUUUUAAUGUAUUUGACUCGAUUGAUAUUAUGAUAUUAGAUUUUAUUUUCAUUUUCGUGUUAAAAGUAUUAAGUUACCAAAUAAAAAUAGCCUAAAUCUUUAAUAGUGGAGUGUUUUUCGAGUAAAUCAGUGGUUAAUGGAAAUUCUGGUGCUUAUAAAUGCUAUUAUUACAAAUUGCCAUCUCUAUACUUUGCCGCUAUAGUUUUUAUGGUGCUAAAAUAGCGUCGCUUCAUCAAAAUUAUUAUCAAAAAAAUCCAGAAACAACAAUACAAAUAAAGUCACAAACUUUAACUACUGAUUAUUCGAAAAAUACUCGAAAAUAUUUAUUUCACUAGAUAAUACAAAUUGUAGCACAUCGACAAUAAGACACGUUUUUGAGAAAAAAAGUUAAAAAAUGACUAGACUAGGAAACCAGUUGAAGUUUGACAUGAAUAGUAAACAUUUAGAGUUAAUAGUCCCGGUAAUGAUAAGAACUUUUUCAGAUUUACACAAAAUAUUCCUUCAAAUGCAUCGUUAUUUUGUUUGGGAAGACUUUUAACUUAAAAAAGUACACUUUUUUAUAAAUUUUGUGAAUAACAAUUUCAGUGUAUAAGUACAAUAUUGUUAAUUAACAAAUGUAUUUAGUGACGUAACCUUGUUUUAUGCUUGCAAAAAGACUCCAAUAUACAGUACGUAAUAAUUUAAGUUUCAAAAUAAUAUGCCCAGUGCUACUUGGUGACUAACUAAAUAUGUACCUACAGUAUUAUAAUUCUUAAAAAAAAUCGAACAAAUCCAUUGCUUACAUCACGCUAUAGUUUCUUAUAAUAAAUAUACUAACAAAUUCAUUACUUACUUACGUACGUAGUUUCUCGUACGUACUCAAAAAAUAAUUGACUUGACAAUGUGAAAUAUAUCCGCCAUUUCCCACACAUAAUAACGAUGCAUUUAACACGAUGUGAAGUGCCUACAGCUCAUCACAAUACACGUCUUUAUAUUUAAAUAUAUAUUAUUAACAGUUUCUUAGUAGUUUUUAACGGUUAUUUAUAAAUAAAAAUAAAAUAAAAAAUAUUGUGCUAUCCGUUAUCUGUAUAUGUGGGCAAGUUUUUAUGUCCGCGAGUGUAAUUUUAGAUUAUCAUUCCAUAUUUUUAGGCUUUCGUUUAUUUUUUCUUAAUUUUUAUUUUUAAUUCUAGUCACAGUGCUGCUGGGUACUAGAUUUUAGGGGUUGAUAAUUACUGUGAUUGAGACUUUUUGGCGGGAAUUGUUCAAAAAAAAAAAUAUUUUUGAGCAUUUUUUUUCUUAUUUUAUGCCAAAAAUUUUAAUUUUGAUAUUUUAUUGAAAAUUCUACUGGUUGACUAUUUAGUUAUUAUUUUAUGUAAAUGCACAAUUUUCGCCAAAAAAUACUCUUUGUAAAUUAAAAAAAACACAUUUCCAAUGGGUUGAAGGGAACACAGGCACUUUAGUUUGAUACCUUUGCCUACUCAAACUAAUUUCUUGAAAACUAAAAGUUGUCACGUAGUGAUUAUAAUGUUGUAAAGACAUUGGUACCUUAAUGUAUAAUGUAAUAUUUAUAAGUUGACUGUGUCAAAAUAAUUAUAUCAUCUGUUUAUAUUG